AUGUCAAUCGCUGAUCUACUGAGGGAAGUGGAUAAUCUAGCUAAGAUUAUAAUAAAUAAGAACACAGAAUUGGAGCAACUAAAAAGAGGAUACGAUUUGAAAAUUAAAACAAUAAAUGAUUAUAUAGCAAAGUUUCAAGCAGAACUGAAGGAUAAAGAGCGAAUAUCUGACGAACACUUUCAUAAAUUACUACAGAAUAAAGUUGAAUGUCCAAAAUGUGGCAGCAACUUGAAUGAUGGAGAAGAAGAGUUUAUUCUUAUACCGAAGAGUCAAAUACCGUAUCUUCUACCUGAAAGUCAAACCCAAAAUAAACCAAUUGUUCCAACGAAAAUUCAGCCAAAUCUAAGUUCUACUCCAUCACAUGAAUCCAAAAGUAAAAAGAAAACUCAUAUUAUCUGCUCAUUUUGCAAGGAGUCAGGUCAUACUAGAGCUAGAUGUCAUAAGAAGUUAGGCAUACAGCCGUCCUGA